AUGGUCUUUCUGUCACUCGACAAGAGCCCGGCUGGCUCUUUCCCAUCUUCUAGCGCAUCGGACAUGGACGCUCGAGUGAGCGAGGGGGCUGUCGGUCCCCCGUGCAUCAACCCGGCCUUGCUACGGCUGUGGUACAACAUGUGUUGCUGCUGGUUCGACACGACCCAGUACGAGUGCUGGGAGCAGUCCUUUCGCCACCUCUUUAGCCCCUUCCCGGGCAUGUUUCGGCUCACACGUCUUGCGAGGGUCAAUGACUGUGUCAUGUACGGUGUCGUUGCAGUCACUCCCAGACGGGGGGACGUGGCCCUGGUCAAGUUUCCCGAGUGGGUAAACGUCAUUCAGCCCAUCGGACCUGAGGAUGAGCGCGAGUUUUUCUCGUGGGCGCAAGGUGAGGUCUUGCGAAGUCAUGUGGAGGCCUUGUCCGGCUACUCGGUCAGAGAUCUUUUAUCGCCUGGAGUUGACCGUUCCGCCUUGACAGUCCGUGCGGAAGAAGACGAUGGAUUCUCUCUCUGGUUCACCGUCGUCUUUGCAGACUUGGAUCUGCGUCGGGCGGAUCGUGUCAUUGACGAUAUCGGCCUGGCCUUUCCUCCUGACUCGUGGUAUUAUGGUUGUCGCGAGGAUCAUCUCCGCGUGCUAGAGUACGGCCGUGAGAUGGUGCACUCCUGCCUCGUGAUCCUUGUUGGCUGUGCCUCUCCCCACGGAGUGGAAGUCAUUCGCAACGGCGUGCAGAAGCUGAUCGGCCUGCAGAUGGCGCACGCAGCCACCGUCACCCCUUGCCCCCCCCAUGUGUCGGAGCACACAGGCUUGAGAUUUUCGGUGAUAGCUUCGUGGGUGCAGGCCCGCAUUGCAUUCAUCAACGCCGCCGGGAAGGGUGCUUCAGAGCAUGGACUGAAGCGAGGCGUCUUCGGCUAUGGCGGCAUCUUGGCGGUCUUGAGGUUCCAGUUCGGCUCCGCGUCCGUGCCCUGGUAA